AUGCCAUCCAGCGACUAUCAGGCAGUCCCGACGACGGCGGAGGAGGAGAGUGCAGAGACUAGACCACAAGUCGCAGCAGAUCGGUUCACCCAACGUCCUGUACCUUGGUGGAAACGCGUCCUGCUCAUCCUCUUCAUCGUCCUCCUCGGUGGUAUCAUCUGGCUCCUCAAGGACGUCAGAAAUUCCCUGGCACCAAAAGUCGUAUAUGCGGAUCGCUAUUCAGCCGAGUUCAGGUACCGCCCUGCCGCAUCACCGGUGAUCACCGAGACUCUCAACAGCGGCAGAACGCUCCUCAUCCGUGGUGCACAUCCAACCGCACGACGCGCCCACAACGAGCUCUGAACUGGAUGCAUCUCGAAUGGAACUACAUACGAAGCAAGACCGAUCAGCCAUCCAUCCUUUGCAUACGCUGAACGACCAUCCAUGGACUUUGCAUAUCGAGCAUAUUCCCUCAUUGUACCAUAAUAUCAGUCUUCGUAACGC